AUGCUCGAAGAGGGAGGAGACGAGAUCAUCCAACGUCUCGCACCGGAACCCGAGCAGCGUUUCGCCAUAUACACAUGGAAAUACGACCAGCAUGGCAUUUUGAAACAGGCUCCGCACAUCACAAAACAAGAGCUGGAGGCGUGGAGGAACCUCGAUCUGGAAUGGAAGCAUCGCCCCGUUGACCCUGAGAGCAUGCCGCUGCCAGUCAAGAAGAAGCUCAAGACAAGCCAUGAUGGACACGUAAUGCCGGGAUUCGACGACUACACGAUAGAUGAGCGGAGGGAGGCGCUCAAAGCGACGGGGUCCGGUGCUUUUGCCAUGAAAGACGUCCUACGGAGGAUUGACCGGCGGAAGCGCGAGCGACUGGCGAUAGAGUUGCAACAAUCUGAAGCCAAGGUGGAGGUCUUGCAGCAACGUCUGGCUGCCGAAGAGAUCAAGAAAGAGAAGGAAACAAAGGAGACGGUGGCCUUGCAGAUGGACGAUGGGAUCGCCCAGAAAAUAGGAGGGACAAACAAACGUGUUGGAGUUGAGACAGAAGAAGAGAAAACUAUCGGCUUGAGGAGCAUGAAGUAA